AUGCUGCCCUCGCUACUAAGCAAUGGCGCAGCCCUAUCACUCGCAGCCCUUGCGCUGCUUCCGUCUCUCGGAGCAGCCGAGGUCUUCGAGAAACUAGCUGGAGUUCCCCCAGGCUGGAAAUUCUCUGGUAAUCCCAGCGGGCGUGAAUCUCUGCGCCUUCAGAUUGCUCUCUCGCAGCACGAUCUGGCUGGGUUCGAGCAGGCACUCUUGGACAUGUCUACACCCGGACACGCCAACUAUGGAAGACAUUUCCGUUCCCACGAUGAGGUGAAGCGGAUGCUUAUGCCUACCGACGAAGCCGUCUCGUCAGUUCGGGAGUGGCUUGAGUCGGCGGGAGUUAGCGACAUCGAGCAGGAUGCCGAUUGGAUCAACUUCCGCACUACCGUGGCCGACGCUAAUUCCUUACUCGAUGCCAACUUUAAAUGGUAUGUCAACGAGAACACGGACAUCCGACGACUGCGCACCCUGGCCUACUCCAUCCCUGACUCAGUGGCCCCGCAUCUGAACAUGAUUCAACCGACCACUCGCUUUGGCCAACUCAAGCCCAACAGAGCCACCAUGCGUAGCAAGCCCAAGCACGUUGAUGAGAAGUCGCUGGCGUCCGCCGUGCGCGCUCAGAACACCUCGCAAUGUGACUCGGUGAUCACACCUCACUGCCUUAAGGACCUUUACAACGUGGGAGACUACCAGGCCGAUGCUAAGUCUGGCAGUAAGGUCGCAUUCGCGAGCUAUCUGGAAGAGUAUGCUCGGUAUGACGAUCUCGCCAAGUUCGAACAGAGACUUGCUCCCUCUGCGGUUGGUCAGAACUUUACCGUGGUCAAAUUCAAUGGCGGCCUGAACGACCAGAAGUCAACCAAGGACAGCGGCGAAGCCAACCUCGACCUGCAAUACAUCAUUGGCAUGAGCUCUCCACUCCCUGUGACUGAGUACAGCACCGGCGGCCGAGGCCAGCUUGUUCCGGACCUUAGCUCGCCUGACCCGAACGACAAUAGCAACGAGCCGUACCUGGAACUUUUCCAGAAUGUUCUCAAACUCUCCGACGCGGAGCUUCCUCAGGUUAUCUCGACCUCAUAUGGCGAAGAUGAGCAGUCAGUGCCCAAGUCAUACGCCUUGAGCGUCUGUAACCUCAUCGCCCAGCUCGGUAGCCGUGGCGUCUCCGUAAUCUUCUCUUCCGGCGACUCGGGUGUUGGGGCUGCCUGCCUGACGAACGACGGCACUAACCGCACGCACUUCCCCCCUCAAUUCCCUGCGGCCUGCCCCUGGGUCACCUCGGUCGGUGCCACUACGCUUACUUCCCCCGAAAAAGCUGUCUACUUCUCCUCUGGCGGCUUCUCUGACUACUGGGCUCAACCCUCCUACCAAUCCGAAGCAGUGAACGACUACCUCAUCAACCUGGGACCGAAGUUCGCCGGCCUCUUCAACGGAUCGGGUCGCGCUUUCCCCGACGUCGCCACCCAGGGUACCAACUAUGCAGUCUACGAUAAGGGUGCCCUCGGGCAAUUUGAUGGCACCAGUUGUUCGGCACCCACCUUUGCCGGCCUUGUUGCUCUCUUGAACGAUGCCAGACUGCGGGCGGGAUCACCCGUCCUCGGCUUCUUGAACCCAUGGCUCUACAGCGCUGCCGUGGAGGGAGAGGGUUUCAAUGAUAUCACUCAGGGAGGCAGUUUAGGUUGUGACGGACGUAAUCGAUUCGGCGGCACGCCCAACGGCAGUCCCGUUGUACCGUUCGCAAGUUGGAAUGCCACGGCAGGAUGGGAUCCUGUGACGGGCCUCGGAUCGCCCAACUUCGGAAAACUCCUCGAGGUAGCUCUGGAUGCUUGA